AUGUCACUGCUUUCUGACUACCGUCUGCUCUGUUUCGAUGUCUACGGUACUCUCAUCGACUGGGAAAGCGGAGUACUGGCCGCGUUCGAGCCCACUCUCAAGAAGAAUAACGCCGAUUUCUCGCGCGAGCAUCUCCUCAAAACCUACUCUGAGCUCGAGAAGGCGCAGCAGACCCUGACUCCGGAUCUUCCCUACUACCAACUCCUAGCCGCCGUGCAUCCCCAGCUGACCGAGCGGCUGGGUCUGAGUACGCCCAGCGAGGAAGAAAGUCGCCUAUUCGGCGAGUCUGUCGGGCACUGGCCUGCCUUUCCAGAUACAGUCGACGCUCUGAAGCGGUUGGCAAAGCACUAUAAGCUAGUGGUGCUCUCUAACGUCGACCGGGGGUCCUUUGGGAAGACGAACGCCGGCAGUCUGCAGGGCUUCCCUUUCGACCUUGUCAUCACUGCGCAGGAUGUUGGCUCAUAUAAGCCAGAUCUUCGCAAUUUCCAUCAUAUGUUACAAGCUGUUAAAACGCAGUUCAAUGUGGAGCCGGAAAAGGUACUGCAGACGGCGCAGAGCCAGUUCCAUGACCAUCACCCGGCCCGAAAGGUGGGCAUUAAAUCGGUUUGGAUUGAGCGACCAGGUGCCGUGAUGGGUAAUCUGCCGGAGACGCUCUAUGAUUGGCGGUUUGAUACCUUGGGGGACUUGACUGAUGCUGUGGAGAAGGCUUAG